AUGUUUACACUACUUAAUAGAUGGGUGGUACUUUGCGCCGGUAGUACUACCAAUGCCAGUUGGAUAAAUUAUGGUGACCAGGGUGACGUAUACCGUGCCUACCAUUUAGCCCGCGAUAAUGGUAUACCCGAUGACCACAUAAUAGUCAUGCACUACGACGACGUGGCGUAUAAUAAGAAAAAUCCGACCCCGGGCAUUGUCAUCAAUGAGAUUAAUGGCACCGAUGUCUAUCAUGGUGUUCCUAAGGACUAUACCGGCGAUGAUGUCAACCCUAUUAAUUUUAUGGCUGUCCUCCGGGGGGACCGUACGCUCGAGCGUAACCAUAAGAAAGUGGUUAAAAGUGGACCCAAUGAUCAUAUUUUCGUUUAUUUCAAUGACCAUGGUGGCCAC